AUGACGCUUUCUUGCUACGCAAGUUGGGUUUCUGAUACGGGUACUAUGUACCCGGCAUCCACAUAUUCGCCAGGCCUGUUCUGUGCAGCGGGCAUGACAACCGGUACUAGUCUGGAAUUGUACAACGGCGUCUUUUGCUGUCCGAGCACCAGCUAA